AGUAUAAGAGGAUUUACAAAGAACCACGUGAUGGUGGCGUGACGUUUACGGCUGUACAUUAUGCAGGGGCGAUAACCUACACUCUGACUGGAAUCCUGGAUAAAAACAGAGAUAAAUUACGUCAUCAUUUAUCUUCCACCAUGAGAUCCAGCAGUAACUUAUUAUUUAAAGAUUUAUUCCAAACAAGAAUGAGUAAAAUGGGUUCCCUAACAACUAGUAAUCGUCAAGUCUCCAUGAAGAAAAGUAAUAAACAGUCUAAUGUCUUCACGAAGAUGAAAUUCAAUAAACAGGUCCGUAGAAGUAGAAUCGGUCAACCAAACAAACAUGUCACCAGAAGACCACCAGCCACAAUGUCUUAUCAUUUCAGGAAUUCAUUAAAAGAUAUGAUGACGAAGAUAAGUUAUUGUCAGACACAUUUCGUGAGAUGUUUUAAACCCAACAGCGAAAAGAAGCCAUCAGUGUUUGUCAGAGAUUAUAUUCAAGCGCAGCUUCGCUACACGGGUGUGAUAGAAACGGUCAGGAUUAGAAAAAAUGGCUACGCUCACAGGAUUCGAUUCAUUGAUUUUCUUGACAGAUAUAAAUGUUUAAAUGCAGUAUCAUCAAGGACGAAUAAAAGAAAUAUCACCCAGGUCGAUCAAAUUAGCAAUAUUUUAACCAGAUGGCGGAUUGAAAAUUUUAAGAUUGGGAAGACGAAGGUUUUCUUACAUCAUGGUCAGACUGGACGACUAGAUACUGCUGAAAGUUACUUUUUACGUAUGAUUGUCAAGGCGCAAUCAGUGAUUCGAGGAUUUGGUGUACGGAGGAAAAUGGUUAUAAAAUAUUCCAAGAGAGAGAGAAAUAUGUCCCAUGUAGAAGUGUUUGGUAAUUUAAUUGGUAGAAAUCAAAAGAGAGUGUUCCAGUUAUUAGACGUACAGAGAGACUAUGAUACGGCCAAAUUCGAACGACAACAAAAAGACGAGGUUGAAACAGCAAUUAAUCUCUUUGAUUCUGCUUUUGAAGAGGAGCCAGAAUAUAUCAAUCUUAAUCUUAUCAGCAGAGAUGAAUUACAACUACCAGAAAAGAGUUUGAGUUAUUUAAAUGUUGUAGAAGUGAGCAGCGAGCAUAGAAAGCAGCAAGACGACAGUGUAUCAGAUCAAUCAGAUUUAUGUCAUGAGUAUGAGGAACCUAGCAUAGUGACAUCACUGCAGAAUGCUGAUAUGAAUCAACAUCGUGUCUACACGAACGAGAUGGAUUCCGCAAGAAACUUUCCCCCGUCGCCACGGGAGAUGUACAGCACGAUGAUGUACGAAGACAUGAGACAUAGCAGUAACAAUAGGUCUUUGGAGAGAAUACCACCUGUAUUACCACCUCGAUCACCUGAUACCCGUCUGUCAAACAGUACCGGUACUUCAAGUAGGGGAUCAUCUAUAUCAGAACCGGACCUGGGCCAGGGAUUAUAUCAAGAUUCUCACUAUUCAACGCCAAGUCCUCCAAUAUCACCCGCUAAAAAACAUCCUCAUCACCCAUCAAGCAAUCAACCAUACUCAUAUGUGCCUAAUGCUUCGUUGUUACAGCAACAGAAAAAACAUUCAGAACAGGAUUAUACAAACGGUGCUACAGAUCCGCAUAGUUUCUAUUAUUCUCCGGAAAAUACAUAUGCUUCCUAUAUCCAUAAUGAGGAUGCCUCCCAACAAUAUGAACAGUCUCCGAGGCACAUGCAAAUACGGAAUAGUGUGAAAAAACUGACAAAUGGGGUUCAGACCAGUCCCGUUUUAAGACGCAGCUCAGUCGGACAAUCAGAUACUUAUAAUGAGCAGAAAAGUAAAUGUAAAAAUGUAGGAUCUCCAAAACUUCCGAAAAAAUUUCAACAAAGAUCCGCUUCGGUCGAUUGUCAAAUGAGUGUUCCUCCUCCCCCAAACUUCCCUGCUCCCCCACCCCCACUUCAAGUUAAAGAUCGUUAUCUAGCUGGUGCUCAAUCUACGAGAUGUCCUUCUCCGCCGUUACCCCCACCCCCACCAGAACUCCAUGCUGGACAAGCUGUGAAUCCCCCUCCCCCACCUCCAGUGUCUACGAUCCCUGGAAGACAAACCAGGCCAGCUGGUAGAGAAGAAGCUGUGAAAAAGUCACGAUCUGGGUCGUUGUCCCGGAGUAAUUCGGGUGUGGAUGCGGCAAUAAUACAAGAAAUUGGAACGAUUAAACUGAAAACACGAAGUCAAUCAACAGCUGGUAUAUUGAAUGGUUCAAGUAGCAUCCCGUCAUCUAUACAAGAGAGCAGUGGCAGUGGCGGCGAUGGUGGGAAUGAGUUGGGUCGAAUUCAACUCAAGAAAACCAAAACAGAUAAAUUAGGAGAUAUUUAUCAAACAGCGGAGGAAUCUCUUGCUUCCAGUCCACCAUUAUUUACUCCACCAUUCGUUCCCGUUUGUGAUAUCGAUGAUUUUCCGCUUCCUCCACCACCAGAAGAACUACUUCCAGUUAAACCCCCUGCGGCUGCUCCUGUGGCAAAACAAACAAACAACAGUGGGCCAAGAUCUCCUAUCGUUAAACAAUCAACAGCAAUUCCAGCAGUGCCCAAAUCACCAACUGUCAAGCAUACGCCAUUUGGAUCAGCCCCGAAAUCGCCAGUGAUCAAACAUGUACCAUUAACACCAAAGUCACCUAUUUCCGUGGCACCUCCUGUCUCACCAAAAUCACCCAUUGUUACUCAAGCAUCACCUGUGUCUUUUCCUACUCCUGUAUCUCAGGUUGUCUCCCCUUCAAACGGUCAUUCAAAAUCAAAAGAUACAACCAAUGCCAAAAUGGAUUUUGAGAUUCCAGCAGAUAUUGAUUUAAGUAAAUGCCCAGGUUUGGUUCCGACACCAGCUCAUUGUCCGGUAUGGAAGAGGGAGAUGAUAGACAAGAAAAAUAAAGACAGAGUUGAAGAAUAUGUUCGAGAAAUUUUACAAGAAAGAGAAGAACAAGAAAAAUGGAAAAAUGUUCCUGAAUGGAAACGAAAAAUAUUAAAACAGAAAGCUGAUGAAGACAGAGCUAAAGCUAAAGCCACGAAGGAAGGAACAGCCCCUCCGCCACCAGAACAAAAAACUACACAGCAGGAACUUCUGCACGCUGGUCAGGGACAUAGAGAGGACAAUUUUGUUCCAGCGGCCAUGAACAUUGAUCCAGAAGAAUUUGAAAGCAUGCCUCCAUGGAAACAAGAACUGUUAACCAAACGUAAAAAUAUCCCUGUUACAUUCAACAACGAAUUCAAUCCAGACGAGGAAGAAGAACCGCAACCCCAACGUCAAGAAUACAAUCUGGAUGUCAAGAUGGCGAGUUGAUUUCCUUCAGUGACGUUGAAUUAAAAACUCUUAAACUACGUUAAAAUAAUGAACAAUGUGAUGUAAUGAUAUUUUAAGACAUGCUACACUUCGCGUUUAAACUCCAUUUCAAGGUAAACUGUAAAGAACAGUGCGUUAGUUUAACAGAGUAGCAACUACUGUGCAGCAUUGAAUAUCGCUCGCUCGUUGGCAAUAAUUCUAUUAAUCUUUAUUGUAAAAUACGAAUUGGUCAGAUUGCCGUUAAUCCAAACCAAGAAACUCUCCAGAUUUAAAAUCUUUUCUCUUUGUUUAUGACAGAUUUGGAAUCUAUGCAUACUGUUUUGGACAGAUUUUUAAAAUUUGAAUUUAGUUGCAGGAAUCUGUGAAUGGUUCCAGUGACGGUUUAUUCACAAAUUGACAGAUGAGAUGGUGGAUCAAAUCUGGAUGAAGAAAACAAUUUUCAGAUUUGAAUUUGGAGAGAGAGUGAAUCUAGAUUUGGAUAUUUGGCAAUCAAGUAGAAUUCAGUGGUUCCCAACCUUUUUCCACGACCAGACUCCUUGGGACAUUUAACAAAAUCCCAAAGACCCCUUGAAUUUAUUCACUGCCACCAUUUUCCACAUUAAUCUUUGAUUCAUCCUAACAUGGCCUCUCUUAAAGGCUAUUCUGAACAUAAAAUGUGGUACAUUAACCCAUAGAAAGACGGUCGCCAUUCCUAUAAUGUGACUCAGCUACAGAAAUCUCCAAAUAACAACAAUUUCAUACUGAUUUUACAUUUCCUCUCUGGUUUUUUUCAUGGACCCCUUUACCUUGUGGACUUCUCCGAGUUUGUGGGCCUUAGGUUGGGAAACACUGGCUUUCAUGUAGAUAACUGAAGUUUACAUCAUUUUUUAGUUUCAAAAAUAAAUUGUCAAUUUUGAAAACCAGAAAACCAAGAGUUUAAAAUUGACAAAUCGGUUAACUUUUUUUCUCAAGAUAUUACUGCUGAAUUAAAUUUUUUACACAAUUUUCGAAAAUAUUUGUCAUAAAUAGAAUUUAUUAUAAAUUUGUGUUUUGUAAACAAAAAGCAACCAAAAUCAUUUUGUUUAUGACUUGUAUGUUUUAUUAAUGAUUUUAGUAGGUAAAUGAAAGCUUUUUCUUAUUCUGAAGGAUUUAUGAUAAAUUGUAAGUACAUGUAUAUGUUUAUUGAUAAAUAAAUGGCUGUGUUAAUAUUAUCUAGGCUAUUUUCAAUCAAAUCAUGUAACAAUAAGGCUAUGUGCACACUUUGAUUGCAAGGCUGCUUUUAACCAAACAAUGUUAUAAUAAGGCUAUGUUCACACUGUGAAUUUAAAGGCUGCUUUUAACCAAACCGUGUAAUAAUAAAGCUAUGUUCACACAGGGAGAAUGUCUGGUGGCUGGAAGGCAUAAAACAUUUUUAUUCUUAACUUAUAAACUACUCUGACUUGUUAACCUCUCUAUGCUUUUCAUAAAUGUUUUAUGGCUCUGAGCCCAUAUUCUUAAAAAUUUAAACCAAAAUAUAUUAAGAAUGAAACCCAAGAGCUAAAACUUGUACUAUGAUUCUUACUUUCAACCAAUGAAGAGGCCCCAUUCUUAACAUAUUUUAGUUUGAAUUUCAUGAAUAAACCCCUGGGCUUUGAUAAAAUCUGAAUGUAUUUAUAAAACGUAAUCUGUUGAUAUGUGGAUGUUUUUUAUUUCAGUGUUUAUAAGAUAGAUUAUUGUAUUAAUGAUGUAAGUUGUAUUAUAAAUAGAGACAGUUAUUAUUUUAUUAGAUAACCAACAUGUGUUUAUAAUAGUAUUUAUAUCCAUAUUUAAAGCUUAUGCAAUCUUUUUCAACCAAUCACAGCAGCUGUAACAUAUGAUAGCUAUAUAUAUAUAAGCUUACUGCUGAUUUGGUCCUGGUCAAGUCAAAAUUUAUUAACGAAAAUAUAUUCUGUUGUUUUGUUAAGAACUUUUCAAUUGUCUCAGUCAAUUUUAUAUUAAUUGCUAAGUUAUUUCUCAGUCACUUCUAAAAUAUUAUAUAGUAGGUUUGCUUUGUUUGUGUCAUUCUUGGAGAUUAAAGGGAGAUAACUCUUACCCAAUGGCUGUUUUGCCAGGAUACUUUGAGUUUCUCGAUAGAUGUACAGAACAUAUCAAGACUAGAAUUUUUAUCAAGUCCUUUUUUUCUUCCAUUAUUCCAAAAGUGUUCUUGCCAAUUUAUUAAGAAUUAAAAUUUCUAUCCCCUACCAGGUCACAUAAUGUUCAAUCAAACCCUGGAAUAUUAUGUUAUUUGAAGUUGAAAUGUUUUAUCCAGAAUUUUGAUGAUCUUUUUUUUAUAAAAUUUUAAGAUAAUUCUGACAGUAUUAUUAGAGAAGUUUUAUUUGUACAUAGUUUUGAAUUAUUUAUAUGUAUAGCUUUUACAACAUGUUUGUAUCAUUUCAUAACAAUCGAGCUCCAUGUAACCUUCUCUGAUUUUAAAAUGAGAAACAGAGACUCUGUGAAUUGGAUUUACACUUUCAGUUAGGUGACAGUUUUCUGUGACAGAUGAAGCUAUUGGCCCGCAGCAAAGCAUCCUGGGUGGCAGUCUUGCUGAAGCAAGUUGUCUGACUGUGAAAAGUUGCCUUGCAGCAAUUGUCCAAAGUCUUGGUUGUGCUGAAACAACUGUCAUUGUAGGCCGUUCGCAUAAAACAACUGUCAUUGUAGGCCAUUAGCAUAAAAUAACUGUCAUUGUAGGCCAUUAGCAUAAAACAUCUGUCAUUGUAGGCAGUUAUCCAAGAGCAAGUUAUUGUAGGCAGUUAGCAUGAAACAACUGUCAUUGACGCCAGUUAUUCUAGUGUAGUUCUCAUUGAAGCUAGUUACCAUAUAGCAAUAGUGAUCUGUUCUCCCAUUUUAUUUUUUUAAUGCGUAUAUAUAUAGCUCACCCUGUCAUCACCCCAUCCCAUAAUGCUCAAAGUUUAACCAUCAUUAGCAUCAUUUUCUUCCUGUAAAUGAAUAUAAAGAGAAUAGUUUAUAUUUCUUCUGAUAAAAUAAUUUUUAGCUUUCAAUAUGCAUGUUUUAAUUAUUUAUCGUUAAAGAAUCUCUGUUUUUUUGUUAUAGAGAAAUAUUUGUUUAUCUGCUGGCCUACAGCGAAAGGCUUGUAAACAAAGUGUUUAUUUAUUUUGAAAGCCUGCGAGUGUUAUUCAUAAUUCUGCUAGCAGCAACACGCCUGCUCCUACUAGCCUAUGUAUAUACAUAAUAUAUUGUCGAAUCUCUUCUCUCUAAUAAAUGUUUUGUAUUGUGUGCAGUAUUAAACAUUAUAUAAAAUACA